AUGUCGAUUACCGAUCCGCAGCACAUGCCGCCGCGCUGCUGCAGUCAAGAGCAUAUUCCGCUCCGAUACGUCGGUCAGCUCUUUGACGAAGACUUCAAAAAGACGUGGAAUCGCAAGUUUGACGAGUACACCACACGCAACCGGCUGUAUUGUCCGUCGCGAAAGUGUGGCGAGUGGAUCAUGCCAGACUCGAUUCGAAGAGAGAAUGGCCGCAAAGUAGCGCGCUGCGAACGUUGCAAGACCAAGGAGCUCCGAGAUAGAGUAGUGGCUAGGAACAUGCAAAAUGACGUCCGAUACGAAAUGUCGGGAGCGUUAGGGGACAUGACUAGUUUCGGCAACACAGCAGGCCACCACAUGAACGAGAGCUAUAGAAGGGACCACGCCCCCCUCCCAUCGAGGCCGCCCUCUUCGUUUGAUCGGGCUGCCGGCUAUCUCUCAGACGUCAACCGGGCUAGGGGCGGCUACGGGCCAAGUUUCCUGGAGCGGCAGGGCUCGACGCGAAGUCGCAGCGGACGGCAGCCCUCGACGGCGCACGACGACCUACCGCUGCGGCGAGACUCGUACGGACGGCGGCCCUCGGUGGACGAGAGGGACUACCGGCGGGAGCCGCAACGGUCGCGGUCGGAGCGCGUCAUCCCCGCCCGCACGUCGCGGCGGUACGAGGACGAGGCGGCAGUCCACGCGCCCAAUCGAGGACGCCGUGCGAGCGCCGAGCCCCCACGCGGCUCCGCGUUGGCCGGUUUGAACGGCAAGGACCGGGGCAUGGGUCGGGUGGCAGAGUGGAGGUCGUAUGUCGAGAUGGGCGUGCCAGAUGGAGAGUCCGUGGUGGGACACGCUUGA